AUGGCAGAGUCGUCCACUGGACUCAGUAUUGAUUUACAAGGACAGAAAGAUAUUUUAGGAUUAUGGAUCAGUGAAAAUGAAGGUGCUAAAUUUUGGCUUAGUAAUUUUACUGAGAUGAAAAACAGGGGUAUGCAAGAUAUGUUAAUUGCCUGCAGCGAUAACUUGACUGGUAUGUCUGAAGCUAUAGGAGCAUUUUUUCCAAAGACGGAGCAUCAAUUAUGUAUUGUACAUCAAAUCAGAAAUAGUUUAAGAUAUGUAUCUUAUAAGGACCGUAAAGAACUUGCAGGUGAUUUAAAACCUAUUUAUACUGCUAGUACUGAAGAAGAAGCACAUCUUACUUUGGAAAGUUUUGAAGCAAAAUGGAAUAAACAAUAUCCUCAAAUUGCUAAGUCCUGGUAUGCCAAUUGGGAUAAUUUAAUAAUUUUCUUAGGCUAUCCUGAAGAAAUAAGGAAAAUAAUUUAUACAACUAAUGCUGUGGAAUCUGUCAAUAGUCAGUUACGUAAGAUUGAUCAAUUUGAGUAUUGUAAUGCAGUAAGUUUACCAUUCCGUGAUGGUGUUGUAACUGGUCAUGGCACAAUAAAUGGUAGAUUAGUUUUUAUUUAUAGCCAAGAUUUUACAGUGCUUGGCGGUUCACUUGGUGAGUAUCAUGCUAAAAAGAUCUGCGAUAUUCUAGAUCAAGCUAUAGCAACUGGUGCUCCCGUAAUCGGCAUUAAUGAUUCAGGUGGUGCAAGAAUUCAAGAGGGUGUGGAUGCUCUUGCUGGAUAUGGUGAGCUAUUCCAGCGUAAUGUUUUAGCAUCAGGUGUUAUUCCUCAGAUUACCUUAAUUAUGGGUCCUUGUGCGGGCGGUGCUGUUUAUUCGCCUGCUUUAACCGAUUUUAUAUUUAUGGUUAAAAAUAGUUCCUAUAUGUUUGUAACCGGUCCUGAUGUAGUAAAAACCGUUACUGGUGAGGAAGUAAGCCAAGAGAAGCUCGGCGGUGCACGUAUGCACACUACCAAAAGCGGUGUGGCUGAUCUUGCAUUUAAUAAUGACAUAGAAGUAUUACUAGAAAUUCGUAGGUUCUUUAAUUUUCUGCCAUCAUCUAACCGUAGUCCUCUUCCUAUUCGUCCUACUGUUGACCCUGCUGAUAGGGUUGAUAUGUCUCUAAGUACUCUAAUCCCUAAUACUCCCAAUAAACCUUAUGAUAUGAAGGAGCUUGUCGAACGUAUUGUAGAUGAAGGAGAGUUUUUUGAAUUACAACCGGAUUUUGCUAAGAAUAUCAUAAUUGGUUUUGGCUAUAUGGAAGGUUAUCCGGUAGGAUUUGUUGCAAAUCAACCAUUGCAUUUAGCGGGAUGUUUAGAUAUUAAUGCUUCAAGAAAAGCAGCAAGAUUCAUUAGAUUUUGUGAUGCUUUCAAUAUUCCUAUAGUAAGUCUUGUUGACGUACCGGGAUUCUUGCCAGGUACUUCUCAAGAGCAUGAUGGUAUUAUUAAGCAUGGUGCUAAACUUUUAUAUGCUUAUGCUGAAGCAACAGUGCCGAAAAUUACCGUGAUUACUCGUAAAGCUUACGGCGGAGCUUAUAUAGUGAUGAACUCUAAGCAUCUUAGAGGUGACAUAAAUUAUGCUUGGUUUAAUUCCGAAAUUGCAGUGAUGGGGGCAGAGGGAACAGCUGAAAUAAUAUUUAGGCAAGAAUGCAAAGAUCUGGAGGCUAAAAAACAAAAAAUCGAUGAAUAUAAAAAAGUAGUGACAUCGACUUUUGUUGCAGCAUCUAGAGGCUAUUUAGAUGAUAUAAUAAGACCACAAAAUACAAGAUGGCGAAUAUGUAAAGCCCUGAAUUUCUUACGUACUAAAAAGGUGGAAUUGCCUUGGAAGAAGCAUGAUAAUUUGCCGUUAUAG